UGGCUGGAAUUCGGGUAUGUUAGCCUCUCUAACCUUGAAAAUUGGUUGAUUGAUUGAUGCUUGUUGAAGUUUAGUCCAUUUAGUGUUGCCCCUGUGUUGCCGAGAAAAUCUACUGAAAUAGGAGAGGAAGUUCGGCAGCCUCUAAGCAUGAGUUUUGUUUAAUUCAUGUAGAAACUAGCUUAAUUUGGUUGUUGUGAGGUUAAUUGUGUGAAACCCCCGUGAAUUAGCUAUGUUUUGCUAAUUUGGGAGUUGAAGUUACUGUUCACGAGGUACUGUUUACUGGGUACUGUUCAUAGGCACUGUUCACACACCAAGGGUUAAUGAUUAACGGGGAAUUAAAGGUUUAGUUUGUGAUAUAAGAAUGAAUUUGGAGAGGUCCGGUUAUGUGGAGAUUGAUAGAAAUAGCACUGUGAUUAGGGGUAGUGCUAAUGAUGAUUUUACUUUGAAUUUGUGGAAGUGCGGUAUUAAUUGUGGAAUAUUGUGAUUAGGUUUUGAUAGUUCUGUCAGCGUAGCACUUGGGUUAGCCUUCUGUUCUGUGCGAGUAAGGUAAGUAAAUUAUGGUAAAGCCCUUUGAUUUUAAAGCAUGUUUUAAACUGUUUUUGAGAUGGUGGCAAGCUUUAAAUUGAUUUUAUCGGCAUUUGAGUGUGAUUAAACUGGAAUGCAAAUUGUGAUGGGUUUUAUGGGAAAUUCAUUGUUUUUCUGGAAUUGAGCAUGAUUGGAAUGAAAAUGAGGAUUUUAUUAAUUUUCUGGAAUUGAGCAUGAUUGAAAGGAAAAUGAGAGUUUCAUUGUUUUUCGGGAGUUGAGCAUGCCUAUUUGGAAAUUGGCUGAACUGUUUUGAUGAACUGAGAGUUUGCAAAUUUUGAGUUUUCUGUUAAAUCCGUGAGCACAUGGAAAUUUUUCGGUUUAUUUCUGAGAUUUGAGAUUGAUUGUGAAUUAUGGAUUUUUCUGGAAAUCCUGCAUGGUUUUGUCUCGGAUAUAGUCAUGAUUAUUGACGCCCGCUAGUGGAAGCUGUAAACGCUAGCACAUGUCGACAUGUAUUUCUGCAGAACCGGUUCACCCUGCCAAUGGGGUUAAACACUGGCACUAUUACUGACGCCUGCCAGUGGGAGUUUGUUAAACACUGGCACUAUUACUGACGCCUGCCAGUGGGAGUUUGUAAACAGUGGUACCAUUACUGACGCCUGCCAGUGGGAGUGUGUUAAACACUGGCCAUGACUUAUAGAUGAGACUACUGAACUGAGUUUUAUUCUGCAUGAACGGUUUGUCAUGAAACGUUUGUUAUUGAACCGAAUUUG